AUGACAACGCGCGAACCCUUCAAACCCAUCUCCAUUGACAAAAAGCUGGGUGACAUUUACUUUAAUGAAAAAUGUCUUCUAUAUGGACCUUUCGCGGCACCAAAGACAAGCCCAUUUACAACUGAACGCGCCCAGGAGGUGGCUGAAAAGUACGAAAAGACGAAAAAGCCCAUCAAAAUUAAGCUGGUUGCUUUGGCGGACUCACUGGCACUACUGAAGAAAUCUCGAUUUGGCAAAAAACCUCCUUAUCCCAAGAUCAAGUAUACCGAGGUGAAGACACAUAACGUGUUUUCACAGACGGAGAAGACCAUCAUUCUGGGUGUCCAGGUGGCUGGUAAACCUCAACAGUUUAUGGCGAUGGUUUUUGAACAGCCAUUAAAAGCAAUCCAGCUAGAAGACAAAUUAGCCUAUGCGGAUGAGGCACCAAAGAACAGUCUGAAAAAUCGUAUUCCAGUUCGUGAGCCAACGCCAGUUCAAGAGCCAUCACCGUUUGUACAACAGCCCAGCAGAUCGCCAUCAAUUGUUGUCAUGCCACACGAGACAGCCCGUGCUCGAAGUAGCAGUUCAAGUAGCAGUAGGGGAGAAAGCAAACCAAAUACACCCCACAGUGAUAACAGGAUGCCGGCCAGCGCAUCACCAUAUGAUUUUCACCCCUCUUCAGCAACUCCUGAAAGUAUUUCUGGCUCACGCGUCGCCGCACUUCCUAGGCAACCAGCACACAGUUCGACAUCAACGUCAAGCUCACCACAUCCUUCUGCAUCAUCACAUCCACAGGUGAUACAACGUCCACUAUCCUCGCACAACUCUCGUUCCGAAACCAUCAACGAGACACUUCAUUUCAGCUCGCCAGAUCCGCCUAUUUGCUCCAAAUGUCGGUCCAGAUGUGCGAGCUUGGUGGAUAUCGCAACGUCCCCACUUGUCUUUUCAGUAGCCCAGUCCCGUCCUCGGUCACGCGAAAGCUCCACACACACUAGGCAGAACGAGAGCCUUUUAUCGGAGAAGCCUUGCCAUGUAUCGUCAACGGAGGCCAUGGUCGACAAAGAGUGUUCUCAACAGAAGCAGCCAAAUGAUCAAUUAAGCAAAGAAACGCUCGUUGUCAGAGAAACAAAUCUGCAGCGGGAGGUUAGACCUAGAUCACUCUCGUCCUCCUCAUCCUCUACCAGUGCGCAACUCUCUCCCCAGAGACGGAAAUCCAGACAAGAUAGUCGACCACGAUCAGUAAGAUCAAAUGCACACACUCAUUGCCACGUAUGCGACGCUCCACAAAACAGCGUCAGUCCCUCCAGACCUCUAUACAUUCUCGCUUCCGGACACUUUAGACCAUUUUCAGAACUAACGCACGAACAAAAUUACGGUAGUAAAACAAGUGUUUGUUCAAUAUGCGGUGAAGCUGGAGUUGGUGAUCUACGAACAGUCGAAAUUAUUCAAACCGACGUGAACAAAAGACCGAUUCUUUCUGAAGAUGGUGCAGUCUAUAUGUAUAGCAAGACUCGGCCAGUUGAAUAUACCAAAGACGAAGGGGAAUGCUAUCGCAGACGGAGUCGAAGAAGUAGCUCCGGAUUGCUAUCCGAUAGCAGCACCAGCAAUUUAAGUUUAAGCAUCAGUACUGCCAAAGAACGAUCUCUAAAAAUGGUUCCACUAAAGUGUGAUCAGACGCCGGUUCGUGUGCCUACGCCGGAGGAAUAUGUGUCCCGUGAAGUCAAGCGAAAACGUCGACCUUUAUCUACUGACGAAAGAUUGCCAAUCUAUCGCCUUGACAGCAGCGACAGUGAUUCCUCAAUCACUUCCAGUCGCAUGGGACCAAAUGGUGCUGGCUACGCUGGUAGUAUUAAAGUAACACCUUUACGUCAUUAA